UCAGAGAAAUCAAGUUCAUUUAAAUGUGGGACAUUUGGAGCCUCGAGUUUGCAGCAAAGGAAUUUUGCCACAGGUGCAUUUGAUGGCAAGUUGCAAAUAUGGGAUUUGGAGUCAAUGCAGAUUCCAAUAUAUUCUGUGAAAGGCCAUAAAGAGAUCAUAAAUGAUAUAGAUGGUGUUGGAGGUUUAGGCAUUGGGGAGGGUGCUCCUGAAAUAGUCACUGGAAGUAGAGAUGGAAGCGUGAAAGUGUGGGACCCCAGGCAGAAGAAUGAUCCUGUGGCAGCAAUGGAACCUGGAGAAGGUGAAGAUAAGAGAGACUGCUGGACAGUGGCUUUUGGUCAUGCUUACAACCAACAUGACCGUUGUGUCUGUGCAGGCUAUGACAAUGGUGACAUCAAACUCUUUGAUCUGAGAAAUAUGUCACUGCGAUGGGAAACAAAUAUAAAAAAUGGGGUGUGCUGUGUUGAGUUUGACAGAAAGGACAUUAGUAUGAACAAGUUAGUUGCCACCACUCUGGAGUCCAAGUUCCAUGUAUUUGAUAUGAGGACUCAACAUCCAACAAAAGGGUUUGCAUCUCUCACAGAAAAGGCACACAAAUCCACUGUGUGGAAUGUGAGGCAUCUCCCUCAGAACCGAGAUAUCUUCAUGACCACUGGUGGAACUGGAACACUUUGCUUAUGGAAAUAG